AUGGUAAAAUAUCGUCAUCCUAUCCCUAGGUUAGAUGAUAUGUUAGAUGAACUGCAUGGUGCCAUUAUCUUUACUAAAAUUGAUUUGAAAAUGGUUUAUUUUGAUGAUAUUCUGAUUUACAGUAGAAGCUUAGAGGGACAUCCUGGGCACUUCAAAACCGUUUUUGAAGUACUUCGAAGGGAAAGACUAUAUGCCAACCUUAAGAUGUGCACAUUCUGCACUGACCGUGUUGUAUUUCUAGGAUAUGUUGUAAGUGCGCAGGGCAUUCAUGUAGAUGAAGAGAAGGUCCAGACCAUCCAAGAGUGGCCAACACCCACCUCUGUAAGGGAUGUGCGCAACUUUCAUGGAUUAGCAAGCUUCUACCGCCGUUUUGUGAAGGAUUUUAGCACCAUUGCUGCACCUCUUAUCGCCGUCAUGAAGAAGAACGAGAAGUUCUUUUGGGGGGAAACCCAAGAUAAGGCUUUCCAAUUGUUCAAACACAAACUCACACAUGUACCACUUCUUGCAAUACCUAACUUUGAUCUCACUUUUGAAGUGGAAUGUGAUGCAUCAGGUGUAGGAAUAGGUGCCGUACUCAUGCAAGGAGGGAAAUCGAUCGCCUACUUUAGUGAGAAAUUAAAUGGCGCGGUUCUCAACUAUUUGACUUAUGGCAAGGAGAUGUUUGUCCUCGUAAGUGCUUUGGAGACCUGGCAUCACUACCUACGUGCCCGGGAAUUCGUUAUCAAAACUGAUCAUGAGUCUCUCAAGUACCUAAAAGGACAACAAAAGCUAAAUGCUAAACUCCUAGGUUUCGAGCUCAUGAAGGAGUUGUAUAAGGAUAACUUGGACUUUUCGAACGCUUAUGCGAAUUGGAAAAAAUUUGACUUUGAAAAAUUCUUUGUGCGUGAUGGAUUUUUAUUUUAUCUUACCAAGUUGUGCAUUCCCCGAUGGUCCAUACGUGACUUACUUGCUCAUGAGUCACAUAGUGGUGGACUAAUGGGACAUUUUGGUGUCACCAAGACAUUAGCUGUAUUACAGGAACACUUCCAUUGGCCUCGCAUGCGCAAGGAUGUGGAGAGAAUUGUUGAAAGAUAUGGCGUGUGCCACAAAGCUAAGUCUCGGGUCAACUCAAAUGAUGACAAGAAGAAAGCUGAGUUCGUGAGAUCAUUGCAUGACAAGGUUCGUAUCAACAUCGAGAGGAGGACAGCCCAAUAUGUCCAACAAGCUAACAAGCACAGACGCAAGCUUGUCUUUGAACCUGGUGAUUGGGUUUGGUUACACUUGCACAAGGAGAGAUUUUCAAAACAACGACAAAACAAGCUGUCACCAAGUGAAGAUGGGCCUUUUCAAGUCAUUAAGCGCAUCAACAACAAUGCAUACUGCUUAGAUUUGCCUGGUAAGUAUAAUGUUAGUGUUACAUUCAAUGUUUCUGAUCUGAACCCGUUUCUUGCAGGGGACGAGUACGAUUUAAGGGCAAAUUCUUUUCAAGAGGAGGGGAAUGAUGCGAUUAAGCACGAGACCCAUGGUGUUCCAGUAGACUCUGUCAAGGUGCCCCAAGACCCAGUGACACAAGCACGAGGUAAGAGAUUCAAGGAGUCGCUUCAAGUCUUGGUUCAUGCCGUCCAAAUCCAAGAGAAACCGCCCAUUGAAGGAAUUGAGUUGGAAGAUCUUUGCAAGACGACUAAAGUGUUGCUUACAAUUGAAGAUGCGCUCCGCUGA